UUGACUGAAUUGCUUCUGACUGGGACGAAGGUUGAGCAACAAGAUGAGCUUUGGCAGCCAUGUCACCCACAGAACCUGCACUUGACGACACGAGACGCUUGGAAGGCGAAGCCGCCCUCGAACCGACUGCUCGACUUUCGAUGGUUUUUUGGGAAAUGCUCAACGAGCUAGCACUGGAUAGUUUUCGUAUAGUGACGACACUGCUGUUUACUUUGGCCCUAGGACGUCUAGCAGGUAACGAUAGCGAAGAAUUUAUUGAUAUUGUAGAGGGUGACGUUGACCUUGACAAAGGUCGACUGGGAAGUGAAGAUGAGCUAACGUUGUUGUAGUUGCAUUUAACAGUGACCUUCGUUUUCAGCGAGGUCUCCAUGAACAAAAUUCCACGGAAAAGGAUAUAUGGGAU